CUAAAGAUGCGCAGUAGCAUGCUUAUUGUGGGUCAUUGAUUCCGUCACAGGCCACAACAAGCCACUCUAAUGUUAUUGAAGAAGUUAAAGGGCUAUGUCGGUAAUAAGGCACGUCCAGAAGGUUCUAUUGCUGAGACUUAUUUGAUCGAUGAAUGUCUCACAUUUUGCUCGCGUUAUUUGACUGGAGUUGAUGCUGUAUUUAAUCGGCCCGAGAGGAAUGAUGAUCAUGUUAAGACAACUUCUUCCAAGUUUCACCAACUAUCGUUUGUUUCACUUGUGGGCCAUUGUCUAGGAGGAAAUCCAAAUAUGGAGGAAUUAGGAGGCAACCUUAUGAAUGCUGCUAUUUUUUAUGUCUUUGAAAAUUGUGAUGAGUUACAGGAAUAUUCCAGG